UGAUGAGAUAGAAUCCUUUGUAGCCAACGCAAGUCGUCGAUCGCUCUAACAAGUCCAUUCCUUUCAACAAACUACACACGUUCGCUUCCAACAACACCAAACUCCAUCAAGAUGAAGAGCUUCACCACCCUCGUUCUCGCGGCCACCGCGGCCACCGCUGCCGUCGUCAGCAAGCCCCUUGUGCAGCGCAACACCGGCUCCGACCUCAACAUCAAGAUCGGCAACGACAUUGUCAACUCCGCCGCCUACGAGAAGUUCCUCAACACCGAGGUCCUGGCCCCGAAGCAGCUCCAGACCCGCCAGGACGGCGAGCCCGACCCCAACCGCAACGAGACCAACCCCGAGACCAUCUUUGUGCUUCAGUGCACCGAUGCCGGUUUCCGCGGUGACUGCCUCGUCUUCGGUGCCAGCCCCGGCGACUGUGUCUCCUACUUCAACUUCCAGGCCGCCAACUCCACCGUGAUCAGCGACCGCUUCAACGACCAGGUCUCUUCCCUCUCCACCAACACCGGCGGCAAGUGCCAGUUCUACAAGUACAAGGGCUGCAACAACAAGGGUGAUGACCGCGGUCUCACCUCUUCUUACAACUACAACCUGGCCGUCGCUCUCCCCGACGAUCCUCGUACCGUUGAGUACGAGAACCAGAUCACCUCCUGGAGGUGCUAGGCAGGCCAAGUGCCGGCCGUAUUUGAAUCAGCCAUUUAUAUACCACAAGUAGCAAUCGAAUUAUAGUUGUAUUCCUCUAAUUCGAAGUACUCUGCGGUGAAAGUCCGUGGACUGCUCUUCUAAUUACCGCGCCAUUACUACACAGCUUCAAGCUCACAUUUGCCGUACGGUAAGAGAAAAUAGAGAUGAAGUAGCCAUUUUGAGCGUGUAAAGGAAUGUUUGUAUGCUCGUACAAAUCAUAGUUGGGAUGGCACAGCAAUUCAUCUGAUGGGGCUUACUAACAGAGCCCAACGUAGGAG